AUGCUCUUGCCGCAGGCGAUUCGUGCGUGGAUUGUUCGGCGAGGCAGUCCUGGUGGUGGAAGGUACGGCCCUACUGGAGGUGCCAGAGCUCCUAGUCCUGGAGGUGCUACUGGUGCUGAAGGUGCUGGAGCUGCUAGUCCUAGAGGUCCAGCUGGUGCUGGAGGUGCUGGAGCUGCUGGCACUGGAGGUGCUGGUGCUGCUGGUGUUGGAGGUGCUGGACGUGCUGCCGGUGCUGGAGGCGCUGGAGCUGGAGGUACUGGGGGUACUGGAGCUGCUAGUCCUGGAGGUGCUCGUACAGGAGGUGCUAGAGCUGCCGGAGUUGGUGGUGCUGUUGGUGCUGGAGGUGCUGUUGGGGGUGCUGGAGGUACUGGAGGUGUUGGAGGUGCUGGAGCUGCUGGUUCUGGGGGUGCGCGUACUAGAGGUGCUGGAGCUGCCGGAGCAUGUGGUGCUGCUGGUGCUGGAGGUGCUGCUGGAGCUGCUGGCACUAGAGCGUCGUGA